AUGGCGCAGAGGCUGAGUGAGCGGGCACGAGGGCCCGCCGAGGCCACGGGGCUCUACAGGGCUGUGCUGCUCAGGUCUGCCUCGAUGUACUCUGAGAUCCAGAGGGAGCGGGCAGAUAUCGGCGGCCUGAUGGCCCGGCCAGAGUACCGGGAGUGGAACCCAGAGCUCAUCAAACCCAAGAAGCUACUGAACCCUGUGAAGGCCUCCCGAAGCCACCAGGAGCUGCACCGAGAGCUGCUCAUGAACCACAGAAGAGGCCUUGGAGUGGACAGCAAGCCGGAACUGCAACGUGUCCUGGAGCACCGCCGGCGCAACCAGCUUAUCAAGAAAAAGAAGGAGGAGCUGGAGGCCAAGCGACUGCAGUGCCCCUUUGAGCAGGAGCUGCUGAAACGACAGCAGAGGCUGAACCAGCUGGAAAAACCACCAGAAAAGGAGGAGGAUCACGCCCCUGAAUUUAUUAAAGUCAGGGAAAAUUUGCGGAGAAUUGCCACACUGACGAGUGAGGAGAGAGUGCUGUAG